UUCUGGUUCUGGUUCUGACCCGCCUGUUUGUUCUGCAGAGGUUCUGAUGAACACCAAGCUGGAGACGUCGGACCUUCGCUGGACCAACCAUCCUGCAGAGGACCAGCAGUGGGAGGAGCUUAGCGGUCUGGACGAGGACCAGAACUCGGUCCGGACCUUCCAGAUCUGCACCACGGACAGCCCGUCCUCCUACUGGCUGAGGACGCGCUGGAUCCCACGCCGCGCCGCCACCACGCUCUACGUGGAGAUCCGGUUCACCAUGAUGGAGUGCGCCUCCAUCAACCAGCGCCACUGCAAGGAGACCUUCAACCUGUUCUACUACGAGGCGGACGGCGACGAGGCCACGCCCACCCACCCCGCCUGGAUGGAGAACCCCUACACCAAGGUGUCCACCAUCGCCGCCGACCACCUGCUGCGGCGCGGCGGCCAGCGCCGCUCCAACGUCAAGCUGCUGCGGCUGGAGGGGCUGAAGGGGGCGGGGCUUUACCUGGCCUUCCAGAGCCAGGGCACCUGCAUGGCGCUGCUGUCCGUCCGCGUCUUCUUCAGGAAGUGUCCCUCCGUCCGCCGCGCGUUCGCCUCCUUUCCCGAAACCGUCCCGCACGCGCUGGUGGAGCAGGCUCAGGGGGUGUGCGUGGAGAACGCGGUGACGCCGCCCGGCGAGGCCUUCCAGCUUCCCAGCAUGCUGUGCGGCCAGGACGGCCAGUGGGUGGGGCAGCCCCUGUCCAGCUGCGCCUGUCGCCCCGGAUACGAGGCCGGAGACGGCGACGUGCGCUGCAGAGCCUGUCCAUCGGGUCACUUCAAGGUGGGACCAGGAAGUGGAGGCUGCACUCCCUGUCCAGACCACAGCAACACUAGGAUCCCAGGCUCCGCCUACUGCCCCUGUCUCCCGGGAUACGACCGGGCCGACUCGGACCCGCCACAUGCAGCCUGCACCCGUAAGACACUGUUGCUGGUUCCAACGCCAGGCCCCCCCUCAGCCCCCCGCCACCCGGUCUACCAGCUCAACGACACCACAGUGACCCUGGAGUGGAUGGAGCCCGUGGAGCGAGGAGGACGGGCGGACCUGAGCUACCGGCUGCUUUGCUCUGACUGCGGAGCCGCCGGCGCCGCUAAGCCAUCCUGCUCCCCCUGCGGGGACAGCAUCCUGUUCCGCCCCGCCCAGUCCGGCCUCACACAGACCCGGGUCCUGAUCUUUGGACUCCGCCCACAAACCAGGUACCUGUUCACCAUCCAGGCACUGAACGCCGUGUCUGCCUUCAGCCAAUCAGAGCCCGCGUCCAUCAUGAUCAACAUGACCACCAGCAGAGACGUCCCGCCCCCUGUCUCAGGUGUCCAGAGGACGGCGGCGUCAGAGGACAGCCUGUCCAUGAGGUGGGACCCUCCGGUGGUCCAGAACGGACAGCAGGUCCAGGAGUACCAGCUGCGUUACAGACGGGCCGACGGCAGAGACGCUCCCUGGGAGUACCUGCGCAGCGGCGCCCCCUCUCUGGUUCUGACGGAUCUGCAGCGGGCUACCCGGUACCAGGUCCAGGUCAGGGCCCAGUCCCAGGCGGGCUACGGGUCCUUCAGCGCCGUCAGCAGCUUCAGCACGCUGCCCGAUGGUGCGGCCCACGCCCAGCUGGUGGUCACUGCCGUCCUCGUCUCCGUGGCGAUGGUGAUGCUGAUCGCCGCGGUAACAGCCGGAUUCAUCUGCUACCGGAAGAGGCGGCGUCCAGCGCGGACGGAGCAGAUGGGACACUACCAGAUGGGACAGACGAUGAAGGUCUACAUCGACCCGUUUACCUACGAGGAUCCCAACCAGGCGGUCCGAGAGUUCGCCAAGGAGAUAGACGCCUCCUUCGUGAAGAUCGAGGAGGUGAUCGGAGCAGGUGAGUUCGGCGAGGUGUGCCGCGGACGGCUGAGGAUCCCCGGCAGGAAGGAGAACUACGUGGCCAUCAAGACCCUGAAGGGCGGCUACACCGAGAAGCAGAGGCGGGACUUCCUGUCCGAGGCGUCCAUCAUGGGGCAGUUCCAGCACCCCAACAUCAUCCACCUGGAGGGCGUGAUCACCACUUCCUGUCCCGUCAUGAUCCUGACGGAGUUCAUGGAGAACGGAGCGCUGGACAGCUUCCUGAGGAUGAAUGACGGUCAGUUCACCCCCAUCCAGCUGGUGGGGAUGCUGCGCGGCAUCGCUGCAGGGAUGAAGUACCUGUCAGACAUGAGCUUCGUUCACAGAGACCUGGCUGCGCGCAACAUCCUGGUCAACUCCAACCUGGUCUGUAAGGUCUCAGACUUCGGUCUCAGCAGGUUCCUGACGGAGAACUCCUCAGAUCCGACCUACACCAGCUCUCUGGGCGGGAAGAUCCCCAUCAGAUGGACGGCGCCUGAAGCCAUCGCCUACAGGAAGUUCACCUCGGCCAGCGACGUCUGGAGUUACGGCAUCGUCAUGUGGGAAGUGAUGUCAUACGGAGAGCGGCCGUACUGGGACAUGAGCAACCAGGACGUGAUCAACGCCAUCGAGCAGGACUACCGCCUGCCCCCGCCACCAGAAUGCCCCGCCUCCCUGCACGGCCUCAUGCUGGACUGCUGGCAGAAGGAGCGGGCCAACCGGCCCCGGUUCUGUGACAUCGUGGGGGGACUGGACCGGCUGAUCCGGAACCCGCCCUCCCUGAAGGUGACGCUGCCGGAGCUGUCCAGUCCGUCCCAGCCCCUGCUGGACCAGCGGGUCCCGCCUCCUCUGUCGGCCUGCGGUUCCGUGUCCGAGUGGCUCCGGGCCAUAAAGAUGGAGCGCUACGAGCAGAACUUCCUGCAGGCCGGCUUCUCCAGCCUGGACCUGGUCUCCCAGCUCAACACAGAAGACCUGCUCAGAGUGGGCGUCACCCUGGCAGGACACCAGAAGAAGAUCCUCUCCUCCAUCCAGACUCUCAGGAUACACAAGGCCACGCCCACUCUGCUCUACUGACCAAUCACAGCCCUCCGCCUAUGCCAAAGCUACAGCCGACCCGACUGACACAGAACCAAAGUUCUGCUCUGAGCAGCAGGGAGUUCAGAACGAACCAGAACCUCAGGAAUGGACCAUCGGCUCUGGAGACUCCGCCCACCUGCUCUUUACGACCAAUCAGAGCCAAUCAAGCUUAAACAGAGGACCGUUUUUAACCAAUCAGCUCCUCAGGAAGCCUCCAAGCUCCUCCCACCUCCUUCUGAUUGGACGUUUUUAGAUUGAGGAUCUGUGCUCCAAAGACCCGCCCCCUCAAUGGAUGCUGUGCUCUGAUUGGCUGCUUAUUUCAGCUUGAGGCCUCUGAACCGCUAACAGAAGCUCUGCAGGUUCUGCUUUCCAGAAGGUUCUGCUCAGGAGGGGAGACCUUCUGGAUCCAUGUCUCCGUGGUUCUGCUUCCCUGGAGUUUUCUGGACCGGAUCCUACGGACCUGAAGUUCUGCCGGUUCUGAUGGACCUACAGAUGCCUUAAAAUGGACCUUUGGUCUGAUCUCAUGACUGAAGUCAGAACUGUUGACAGGGUUCUGAUCCAGGUGCUGCCCCGCCAUCUGGACCUGAACCAGGGUGGGAGAACGUUAAUGUUUUUGGACCCGUUCAGAACCACCAGAACCAGCUGGACCGCUGCUGGUUUUAUUCAAGCACUUUCUACCAGAAGACAGUUCAUGGUACCAGGUGGUUCUGAUACCAGGUGGUUCCGGUACCAGGUGGUUCCGGUACCAGGUGGUUCUGGUGCCAGGUGGUUCCGGUACCAGGUGGUUCCAGUACCAGGUGGUUCUGGUACCAGGUGGUUCUGGUGCCAGGUGGUUCUGGUGCCAGUCGAUCCAGGAUGCGGAGCAGCAAAGUUCUGUACCGACCCGUUUGUGUUUUUUAUAUCAAAAUAAACAAUCUUCUAAAGAUGGU